AUUGAAUUGAGUGUACACGUCUAACAGUGCUUAUUUAGGUACCUGAUUUUAUUAAGGCCAAGUUAAUGGAUUUUAGUUAAUUUGAAACACUUGGUUACUUAUUGCAUUUCGUGACACGACUUUGGCUAGUUUGGCUUGACCCGCAUCUGUCACACAAGAACCAUGGAUUUCCGUUUCAAUAUAAACAAUCUUUUACCAAAAAGGAUAAAUAAGAUUACGCAUACUCUCAUACCUGAAGGAUUUAGAGGUGAUCGACGUGAGUAUAACGAAUGCCAAAGGUUAUUGACAAGAAUUUUAGAUGACAUGGGCGAAGCUUCUGCCAAAGCUCAGGGUCUGAAUAGAGUUAUUACAAGUGCAAUCAAACUUCGUGAUACAGAUCAUAUUAUUUAUCUGAUGGUAGACAACCAGGGAAACAAUGGCCUGGGUAGUAUUCUUGGUCUUUUGAAGACUGGUGCUAAAACCUUGUUUAUGUUUGACGAAAAUGGUUACCAUUACCAGGUGAAGCCUCGAUGUAUUCUAGAUUUUUAUAUUCACGAAUCCCAGCAGCGCAAAGGGUUGGGGAAGGGCCUCUAUGAGUUUAUGCUUGCAGAAGAAAAUUUAAGACCAAUAAAGUUGGCCAUAGAUCGCCCUUCGGAAAAGUUCUUGGCAUUUUUGAAAAAGCAUUAUGGGUUAACAGAAAUAAUUCCCCAGAAUAAUAAAUUUGUUGUAUUUAAGGGAUUUUUCGAUGAUGAAAUCCAGGAUUCUCAAACUAAUAGAUAUUCAAGUUCAUUUUCACAAAUACAAAAACCGAGUGAAAACAAAGCGUUGUCAAAUAAUAAUAACAAUGAUGUACAUUCCAUAAAAAGUAUAAGUGUAACCGGAACACCUGUACGUAGCGCUUACGGACGGUAUGCUGCAUCACGCCCACCUUGCUCUAUGGCUAAUAUAAUACAUAACACUUCUGCAACAAUUGAACAAGCAGCAGAGAGUCCCAGGUUUAAUAGAAUGUGAACAGCUUUGUUAAGUUACAUUUUAUCAAGCACCUUAAUCAUUACAAAAAUUGUAGAAAGCAUUUCAUUCACUUCAUCUAACAGCAAAUGAAUGUAUUAUUAUAAAUGGCAAGGAAAAAGUAUCUUUAGUAGUAAAGUAUAUCGUAAAUAUCACUUUAUAAGGGUAAAAGAUGUUUAUUGAAUUAGUCUAAAGAUAUUUAUUGCAUCACGAUGGUUCUUAGCGAUGAAUACGAAAUAAAAAUGACUUU